AUGCGUUUACGUUUACCUUUCAGGGCCUUGACUAAGAGAAAAGCCCGACCAAACCUAUCAGGAACAGCAUCCUCGGUAGAGAAGGAAGACAGUCAGCGGAUAACCUCAGAGUCAACGUUAUCGAGACCUAACUCAGCUCUUCCUCCGCCUGUGACGCACGAUAAUCUGUGGGAACGAGCAGAGAAGAAGUUGAAGGCAGACAAAAAGAAAGAAGAGCUUCUCCAAGAAGCCACCAAGAUCCUCGAGGAUUGGGGGUUGGAUAUUCAGCUAGGUGGGGGCGAUGGGUACAAGAAGCUUUGUGGCUUUCUCGAGGAUCGAACAACCGAUCUGAAAGAAAAGCAGUGGAUGAUUUUUGACCACAAGGUCUCCCUGCAAGGCCAUGUUACCGAGGUGAUGAGAAACAUCUUGGCGGUGAAAGAUGUGAUCAAUACUGCAACUUCCUCAAGUCCUCCAGCUGCAAUAGCCUGUGCGGCUGUGACAGUUAGCCUCUUGCUCUUCAUCCAAGCGGUCGAACAAAAGGAGAUUCUCCUUCAGGGUUUAGACCAAACAUCUGCGAUAAUCCUUCGUAUUCACAAGAUGGAUGACCUCUACUUGCACUCCAAUGAGGCUUCUGACGAUUUAAUUGAAAGGUUCAAGGAGACAUUGAUUUCUUUAUGCUGCAAAUUACUGGAAUUCCAGGCCCAGGCGCUGUGCUUCCUUAAUAAGAGUUCCUUUAAUCAGUUUAGAAGGGGGAUGCUGAAAAAGGAUUCCUGGGAUUCGCUACUCAAAGACAUGCAAGAGCUUGAAAUCGAAGCUGGGAAAUUCACAUCUCUGAUUGAAGCGGACGAGCUGAAGUCGGAAAGGAAAAAGCGGGAAAGGGAGCUCCAAAGUGCCUUUGAAAAGCACCAGAUUUGGCAAACAACAUCAGAGCGGGAUAAGCAGCUGAAAAACUUUUUCCAGCUCCUCUAUACCUGUCCGUACCGAGAUCGAAAGGACAGAAACAGGACACGCGUAGCUGAGACUUGUGAAUGGUUUACCAGCCACCCUCGCUUCCAAGAAUGGAACGAGAGCGCCGAGUCAAGUCUCUUAUGGGUUUCGGCAGACCCGGGAUGUGGAAAAUCGGAUGAUUAUGACGAUCAAAAGAGCUCUGCGAGUGCCCUCUCGAGCCUCUUACGCCAAGUCCUCAUGGCCCACCCAAGCCUUCUACCACAAUACGCUCUUGAAAAAUUCGACACAGACGGGCGUCAACUCAUCAGUUCUUCCAGAGAGCUGUGGAAUAUCCUGACGAGUGUCUCCUCCAAUCCAAAUGCCGGCGAGAUCGUCUUUGUGAUUGAUGCCUUGGACGAGUGCCAAGAUGACGAUCGAAAUCAGCUCAUUAAGGAAGUGAAAGACUACUUGAAUAAGAACAAAGACCACAGGAUCAAAUUCUUGAUGACGAGCCGGCCAUAUGACCACAUACGCAGUGCCUUCCAGAAUCUCGAGAAAGAAUAUCCUACGAUUCGUUUGAACGCUGAAAAUGAAGUUGAAGUCGACAAAAUUAAACGGGAGAUAGAUCUCGUUAUUGCAAGCCGGGUUCGUGAAGUUGCCGAGCGCAAGUCGCUAGAGCCAAGUGAGCAUGCAUUCCUUCUGGAGCAGCUCACUAGCAUAGAAAAUCGGACCUAUCUUUGGGUGACCCUUACAAUGGAGUUCAUAGAGAAAAUUCCAGGCUUUACGAAAGGAAAUGUCCGCCGAGCAAUGAGUACUGAGAUACCAGAUAGCGUGAAUGACGCUUAUAGCAAAAUAUUAAAUCGGAGCCCAAACCAUGCUAAGGCGAGAAGGCUUCUUCACAUCAUCAUUGCCGCUAAGCGUCCACUUCUUGUGGAGGAAUUAUCACUCGCCUUAGCUGUUCAGAAAGUCGAUCAAUCUGAUGAUCAGAUUGAAGAUGAAAUAGAACCGGUUGAGCGAUUCAAGAUCACAUUAAGAGACCUCUGUGGGCUUCUUCUGGUAAUCAUUGUGGGGAAAGUUUACCUCCUCCACCAGACAGUCAAAGAAUUUUUAGUUCUGGAUACUUCAUCCUCGGGCAGCAUCUCGGCAAUCAAUACCUGGCAACAUUCCCUUACACCAAAAGAUUCAAGCAAAGUACUUGCGAAAGUAUGUAUUUUGGGUCCUAAAUGCGGAUCCAGGGACGAGGCAGGAUUUUUUUGGAAUUAUUCAGUACGCUACUGGGCGGACCAUUUGCGCGAAGCUCACUCCUAUAAAGGAGAGGAAAUUACCACAACAGGAGCUUCUCUAUGUUCUCUGGAGACAAGGGAAGGUGGAAGAGUCCAUGAUGAAUGGGAUAAAUUGGGGCUUCCUAUUGCAAAAAUCCCUUCACCUUUGAUCGUCGCAUCUUACCUCGGACUUGAAGGAGUUGUUGAGUUGUUUCUUGACUCUGUGGAAACAGAAGUGGAUUCAAAGGACUCUGAAUAUCAACAGACUCCUUUCUCCUGGGCAGCAGAAAACGGUCAUGAGGCCGUGGUCCAGUUAUUUCUUCAGACUGGGAAAGUGGACGUUGAUUCAAAGGACUCAUAUCAACGAACUCCACUCUGCUGGGCAACAGAAAAUGGUCAUGAGGCUGUGGUCAAGUUACUUUCUGAUGCUAGCUUCCGGGUGGAGAAGGGUAGAUCAGCAGUUUCCCUCAUUUAG